UUUUCAACGGCGAUUGAGGUCUUUUAUAACGAACAAGAUCUUCAUCUUCAUCACUAUCAUUCGUUUGAAACCUGCGAGUGUAUGAUACGGAGUGCUGAUAGUCUGAUUCACACUUCACAACGCGCCAAACCCUGAGCUAGAGAAGAUACAGACCAGCAAUUCGAUAGCAAUGGCAUCCACCGAGAUGGUCGUCGACAAGGAAAAGCUCGAGUUCCAGAAACCGAAAAAGGAGGACGAGGUCGAAGAGGCCGAAGACCCCGCGGAAGAGAAGAGGAAUCUGAGACAGGCGGCCUUCCUCCUCUCAGUGUACUGGAUCGCCUGGGCUGUCGGCGCGACCGCAGACGUCUUGCUCAUGAUUAUUGAACAAACGAAUUCGUUCCAAGCGUUAACUCCACUGUCAGCUUGGAUUUACAAGAACCGUAUCGAUCUCGCCAUCUAUAAGCAAAUCGACCCGUACGUGUACGUGAGCCCUAAGAUUCUCGUAAGCACAGGCGGCACCGGUCUCGCAACCUGCGCGCUGAUGCAAUUCGCACUCAUGGGCAAGGUGCGCGCCUCCGACCUCAGCCUCGCGCUCACGUACGUCUGGAUGGGGCUGUUCAUGCUUGGUGCCGACUGGCUGGGGGCGACUGGCCGGGAAGCCGUCGUCCUGGCCUUGCCGCUGAGCUGGCUCUCUAUGACGACGAUCUUGCUGGCCCUGCAGAGCGUCAAGUACGAUCUGAGUUACUCGAGCAUCGGAUUGGAUUUCGCUCCGUGGACAGUAGCUGUGAUUAGGUACCUGUCUACAGCAUUUUUUCUCCUGGCUAAUUGGUAUACUUUUGAGACUGGAGGCGGUUUCAUUGUUUCGCUUGUGUUGUGGGAGAGUAUUAGAUUUGUGUAUGCUAAGCUUUGAAAAAAGCUUCUGUUUG